AUGUUAUCUGAAGAGUUUUUGUUGUUUCAGCUGGUGGCCAUUUAUGAAGUCCUGAAGGACGAGGAGAGACGCAGCAAGUAUGAUGAUAUCCUGGUCAACGGGCUUCCUGACUGGCGGCAGCCAGUGUUCUACUAUAGACGAGUGAGGAAGAUGAGUAAUGCAGAGCUGGCCUUCCUCCUCUUCCUCAUCCUCACUGUGGGACACUACGCUGUCAUUUGGUCCAUAUACCUGGAGAAACAGCUGGACGAGCUGCUGAGCAAGAAGAAGAAGGAGAAGAAGAAGAAGCUGAGCUCCAGACCUGCAGAGGAGAUCAGGUGUAUGGGCCAGGAUCGCUCCGACAGAGUUCAUGAACGGCCACACUGGCAAGACAUCCUCCCUCUGAAGCUGAGCAUCUGGCUCUACCUGUCCAUCAAGAACCUGCCCCAGACGAUACAGGAGGUGAAGCGGUACUAUGAGGACUACCAGCAGAUGAAGCGGCAGCAACAAGAAGAAGCUGAAGCCGAACAGGAAGUUGUAAUAAGAGAAAAGAGGCCAAAGGUCAAGAAGCCGAAGGUGGAGUUUCCCGUGUACGAGCUGUCCUCGGAGCACCUGGCGGUCCAGGGCUACGACCAGGCCACCUCCAUCGAGGACAUCGAGGACCAGAUGGACGACUGGCUGCAGGACCGCGGAGCGGCGAAGAAGAAGGCUGCAGACUGGACGGACGAUGAGCUCAGCUUCCUCAGCAGGUUGAUGGGUAAAUUCCCUGGAGGAUCUCCAGGUCGCUGGGAGAAGAUUGCUCAUGAACUUGGAAGAUCAGUGUCCGAUGUGACGACUAAAGUCAAACUGGUGAAGAACAAUGUCAGCCACACCUCAGGUCUGGUGAAACUGUCGGAUUUGAAGGGAACUCUUCUUCCUGUGAGGUCAUUUCCUGUUUCCGACACGCUGAUGACUCAGAGAACGGCCUGUGAGGAGGAGCAGGAGCAGGAGGAGGAGGAGGAGGAGGAGGAAGAUGUUCCUUCUGUCAGGAGGAGAACCAGGAAGUCGGCAGCAGACGAGGGGGAAGUGAAGGUCAGAGGCCAUCGGCAGAGAGAUUUUGACCCAGUGGAGGAGGAGCAGGAGGAGGAGCCUCAAGAGGCGGAGCCUCAGGAGAAUAGAGUGAAGGCGGAGCUUACCGUCUGGACUCAGAACCAACAGAAACAGCUGGAACUCGCUCUGCAGCAGCUCCCCCGCGGAACCGCAGAACGCUGGGACCGCAUCGCCAAGCUGGUCCCUGGGAAGACCAAGGAGGAGUGUAUGAUUCGCUACAAGAUGCUAGCCGAGCUGGUUCAGAAGAAGAAACAGGCUAAAAGCUGAAGGUCCUCUGACUGCUGUGACCUCUGACCUCCUGACGGGUGCAUCACCUGACGUGUGAAUGACUGUGGCCUGUCACAUGUCAGCCACAUGUUUAAUUCUCCCUCCCGAUUGGACAGAAUUAUUUAGUGUUGUUCUGCGUGGCGUCUCACCUUCUCAGGUGUUUUAUAAUUGUCAAAAGAAGCAGGAGACUCGUUUAACCCCCUGACCUCUGACCUCAUAGCUUCAUGUGCCUUAACUCCAUAAGCAUGCUGUCAAUCAACCUGUUCAACGACUCAAUAAACAGUAUUUAUUAUC